ACAAGUCUUCAAGUCGUCAAGUCGGUCAAUUAUACUGACACUAUAUACAAAUCUCAAAAGAAAGGAUUUUUUUUUUUUUUUGGGUCGAAUCAAAGGAAAGGAUUUAGAGUUCACCUGAAUCCUUUGCAAAGAAAACAGAAAUGGCUGGAUCUGUUAUGGGACAAGAUUUUCUCUCCGCAUCCGUCCAGGGGUUGUGUGACCGGAUGGCUUCAAGGGAGUUGCGCGACUUAUUCUCCCAAGGGGAUCUUGACUACGAUUCACUUGACAGAUUGAGGGGGAAGCUGUCGACUCUUUGUGCAGUCCUCAACUACGUAAAACAACAGCAAGUGACAAACCCUGCCGUGAGAGACUGGCUCGGAAAGCUUCGAGACGUCGUCUUUGAUGUGGAGGACCUACUGGGUGAGAUCAACAGUACUAGUACUGCACAAGUUUUACAACGACCAACUGAUGGAUUAACGACAAAGGUGUUGAACUUCCUCUCUACUUCUUUCAAACUUUGUGGUAAUAAUCGAGGCGUGAAUUGUAGGAUUGAAGAGCUAUUACAAAUCUUAGAACAUCUUGCAGAACAGAAAGAUGGCUUGCACGACGAAAUGCCGGAUCUUUGGGAUGAGAGACCUGCAAGCUCUUUUCUGUUUGGUGUUGACUACGGAUCAGGAUCUUCACCCAACAAUGAAAUUUACGAGCUUAGACACGGGAAAAAGGCUGCUUCAGCAGAAUGGCCCUUUUUAUUCAUUAGCCUCUGCCUAGAGAUUUUGUCCGUUGCAUGCGAUCAGGCUUCCUCUCCAAGUAAGCCCCGGUAUGCAUUAUUUGGUAUGUUGCUGGCUAUUGUGGGGGUACUCAUUUGCGUCUUGGAGUUCAUUUACAAAGGUAUAAAAGGAAGAGUUGAACUGAGGAGGUGGGGAAAGCUAUGGUGGUUUUUUUAUCCUCCGCCUCCCUGUUACAAGCCUCUUGGUACCGUCGUUGAAAUUUCUGGAUUAAUCGGUGGCAUUGCUCAGUGUGUUACGUCUAUAAUUCAAUACGUCUACUUCUCUCAGCAUUUGGAUAGUCCUUUCAAAGUCUCCCUUUACCCUGCCAUCCUUGUCAUAUGUUUGAUUACUUCAAGAUUAAGUAAAGAUCGAAGGUGGAUUAGAGAAGGGGCAGGUGCCUAUAAACUUACAAAGUCCAAAAUGGUUGAUUAAAUUGUUGCACCAAUUUAUACUUAUGCGCUUCUCCCAGAUCCCUUAGAAUGCUGGAAACUGAUGCAGUCAAGAGCACUGUGGAUGGGAGAAGGGGCAGGUGCCUGUAAAAUUUACUUUUAGCAGUGGAGUUGGCUCAUCUGAAAGAGUCUGCCAACUGCGUGCAUUAUAUAUGCUUGAGCAAGACAAUAAGCUGGAUGUAUUGCUUUCAUUUCAUUUUAUACAUAUGCUUUCUAGAUA